AUGAGCCCAAGCGCAAUUUCUUCUGCCGGCCACGCAUCCUCCAACGCCCUCAUCGAUAAGUUCGAUGGGGACAACUACUCGACCUGGAGUCGAUACAUGCGUGGCGUGCUCCUGACAAAGUCAGUGUGGCAUGCUGUCAACCGGGAGAGCUCCCCGACGUUCGUGGACCCUCGAGCGCAGGACGACUACGUCAAGGCCAACAACAUCGCGUUUGGAACGAUGUUGCUGCACAUGGAUGCGGAUUACCACCAUGUGGUCGACAACUGCGAGGAAGCGUGGGUUGCGUGGCAGAGCCUGAAGGUGCUGUACGGUGGAUCCCAGAAAGCGGGAAGGAUCUACCUCAAGCGUCAACUCUUCAGCAUGAAGAUGGACGAAGGCGCCAACGUCAUGCAUCACUGCAACGAGGUCCUGAAUAUCUCUGCCAAGCUUAGCAGCAUUGGUGCGAAGAUGGAUGACGAAGACGUCGCAAUUUGCCUGCUGCUCAGUCUCCCUAAGAGUUUUGAGAACGUUGUUCUAAACUUGGAGAUGAGCAGCGCAGAGCUUCGUACCCAAGAUGUGGUGAAGGUGCUCACGAAUGAGCACACCAAGCGCCAAGGGGAGAAGGUGACAACAACAGCGACGAUGGUCAAGACUGAAGAUGCAGCCAAGGCCUUCAACACUGAGCGGGAGCCAUACAAGUGCACCUACUGUGGGAAGGUGGGACACACCGUCGAUCGCUGUUGGACCAAGCAGAAGAAUGAAAGUCGAGGAGCCCGACGCGGCGGCAAUGGUCGUGGACGCGGGGCAAACAAUGUCCAGUGGGGACAAUAUCGUGAUGAAGGCAGCGACUACGAUCAAGCAGCGUUUGCAGCUUCGCUAGAGUGUGGACUCUCAGCGAAGAAGGACGUGUCCGGAAUGUGGGCCGUCGACAGUGGUGCAACACACCACAUAUGCCACGACAAGACCAAGUUUGCAAGACUGAACAAGCGCAACGACGGUGAAAUCUUGGUGGCGGAUGGCAACACAGUGGCCAUCAAGGGUGUUGGAACCAUCUUUGAAAAGGUGGAUCUGCCCGACGGUGAAGAGCGCAAGAUCGAGAUCAAGAACGUGCUUUACGUACCAAGCAUGAGCAAGAAUCUACUAUCGGUACCGCAGAUCAACAAGCACGGCAAGUUUCAAGUCGUGUUCGACGGGACCAAGAUGUUUGUCGCUCGCAAAGGAUCGCAACAAGUGAUGGCAACAGCAUAUCUUGUGAAUGGCCUUUACUGGCUUCACAGAGAUCAUCGAUCGGCCAAUGCGACAACAAACGGAAGCAACGGUGUCGACUUACAUGCGCGGAUGGGACACGCUCCAGCUGACGUGCUUCGCAAAAUGGUGGCCACGAACAUGAUCAAGGAUGUGAAGGUACCUCUCACGUCAAAUGGAUCAAGCGCAUGCCGAGGAUGUCAACAAGGGAAAAUGGUCCAAAAACCAUUCCCAUGCAACAAGGACAAGCGCAGAUACGACACAUUCGAGCUACUUCACGUCGACAUCUGCGGACCCAUCGAGAUGAAUUCUCUGGGUGGCAGCAAGUAUCUACUGCUGAUCGUUGACGAAGCCAGUGGAUGCAUGAAGGGCUUCUGUCUACGUGUGAAGUCGGAGAGUGAAAACUACAUCACACGAUACAUCAAGAUGGUGCAAGCGCAGUUUGGCAAGAAGGUUAAGCUCGUCCGACACGACGGAGCCCGCGAGUUCGCAACCAACUCGCUUCAAGAAUUUUACGAAAAUGAAGGCAUUGACCAGCAGAAGACGGUGCCAUAUGCACACCAGACCAACGGCACGGCAGAGCGCGCCAUUCGGACUAUCGUCGCAAUUGGUCGCAGCAUGCUCCACCAUGCUAAGCUGGAAAAGUGCUUCUGGGCAGAAGCAGCAAUGACGGCAAUCUACGUCAAACACCGUCUGCCGUCGCCUAAAGUUAUGCACAAGACUCCGUUCGAGAUCGUCCACAACUCCAAGCCAAGUGUCAAGCACAUGCGGGUGUUCGGUUGUCAGGUUUACAUACUGACACCGAAGGAUAAGCGGCUCAAGUGGGACCCCAAGGCUCGCACUGGAAUAUUCUUGGGCUACGAAGAAGCAUCCAAAGCGUAUCGCGUUUAUGUCAUCGAGGCGGGGCAGGUGGUCAUCAGUCGCGAUGUCAACUUUGACGAGUCCGCCUUUGGACUUUCGCCGCCAACCACCACUGAAGACGCCGAUGACAUUGACUUCGACUCCCUCGAUCUGGAUGAUGAAGCGCCAGGUCAAGCGCAGUACAAGCAAACAGGCAAGCGCAAGAGUCGUCCCCAUGAUGAAGGAGUACCAGCUCCACCCACGCGCACAGUGCGUCAACGGCCCGGACUAGAAGAAUCAAGUGCGCCAGACAAUCACACGACCCACCAAGAAGAAGAGGAAGAAACAAAGAAUGCUGAUGCAUCGACUCCGCCUGUGUUUUGGCGUGCGAGUGCGAACGCCAUCGAAACGGCAGUAGACUUAUCCGAGCCAUCGACUUUUGAAGCUGCGGUGAGCGGUCCUGAUCAAGUGCAUUGGCGCGAAGCUAUCCGUGCGGAACUUGAGUUGAUGCGACUUCGUGAAGUAUUCCGCGCAGCCAAGCUACCUAAAGGACAUCGCGCCAUUGGCACGAAGUGGGUCUUCAAGAUCAAGAGCAAAGCGGACGGAUCAAUUGACAAGUACAAGGCGCGUCUUGUGGCAAAGAGUUUCAAGCAACAAUAUGGGAUGGACUACACGGAAACAUUCUCGCCCGUCGUCAAGUACGUGACCCUGCGCAUGGUGAUUGCAGUCGCCAAGUAUUUCGGAUGGACCAUCGACCAACUCGACAUGGUGACGGCAUUCCUGUAUGGUGUCAUGAAGGAACAAGUGUUCUGCGUCAUCCCUGAAGGCGUGGAAUUGGAGAGCUCCUUCGAUUGUCUGGAAUUGGUGAAGGCAUUUUAUGGCCUGAAGCUAGCCUCGCGCGUAUGGAACGAAACGUUUGACGAGUUUGUGUGUUCCAUUGGAUUUCAGGUGUCAGGCUUCGACCCAUGUAUCUACAUCAGGAUCGUAGAAGGGCAAUGCGUGCUGCUGCUGGUGUAUGUGGAUGACGUGUUGGUGACAGGAAGCUCAUCCAAGUUGAUUGCACGCACCAAGGAAGACCUGAAGACACGCUUCGAGAUGACUGAUAGCGACAAGUGUGCAUUUGUUCUUGUAAUUGAGCUUUUGGAUGGAGAAGAUGGAAGUGUAACACUAUGCCAGCGUCGGUAUGUGGAUGACCUACUCAAGCAAUUUAGCAUGAGUGAUUGCAAGGCUGUGUCAAGUCCAGUGGACAUGAGCUCUCGACUUGUUUCAAGUGAUGCAGCCACCAAGGUCGAUGCUCCUUUUCGCGAAGCUGUUGGUGCGUUGAUGCACCUGACCACUACAACGCGCCCGGAUAUUGCGUUCGCCGUGGGCUAUGUGUCACGAUUCAUGGAGAACCCCCAAGAAGAACACUGGGUUGCAGUUAAGCGUAUCUUUCGCUACCUACAAGGCACCAAGAUGCACGGAAUCUGCUACAAGCCAAAUGCGAAGAUCGAUUUUCGUGGCUACUCGGAUGCAGACUGGGCCGGCGACCUCGCUGAUCGCAAGUCGACGUCUGGCUACGUAUUCACGCUGUUGGAGGGCAAGUGGAUUCAUCGUCUGCUUUGUGAGAUCAUGAUGGCUGCCAGUGAAGAAGGACCGGAACUCACGAUCCAUGAAGACAAUCAGUCGUGUAUCAAGAUGACAAAGAACCCGGUCAACCACGGCCGUGCCAAGCACAUUGACAUAAAGUACCAUCACAUCCGUGAUGAGGUCAAGCGCGGUGAAGUGAAGCUCAAGUACUGUGAAACUGCGGUGAUGUUAGCGGACAUCAUGACGAAGGGACUUCACGGGCCACGCCACAAGGAGAUGACGGCGACUCUCGGGAUUCGUGCGUGUUCGCAUUGA